UUUUAUUUUGACAUGCUGAAGCAUUGUUUCUUCAUUCACUCUGCUCUGGGUUUACGCGUGAGAGCCGGUUUAAUUAACUGCUGAUUUGAAUUUCGCACAGAAUUCAGUUUUGUGCGGUGUUGAAGUGCUUUCUGCAGCGUGACAGUCACAGGACGGAGAUAUGAAUCAUAAAGUCCCGGGUUAAAUGAUGGCGUCAGGAUGGCGGCAGCCUCGAUCAGUUAGAGCUGCUUUACUCUUUAACACCAUCCUCAUCCUCAUCAGCCCCGGCGCACAGACACACACCUGUCACCAUAAAGUGCCCCUGCCUACAGAGGUCAUACAUAAAGUGUUUCUGAAGCCGGAUAGAUUGACCAAAAGAAGCACUGACCAGCAGUUAAAGAUCCAAAUAGAGUACGACUCCAGCUUGGAUGGGUUAGAUGAAGCCAAAAGCAUCCUUGUGAAGGACAAGCUCCUCCCCCAGGCUAUUGAUUAUCUCCAUAAGGCCUUCAGGGUUCGCAGGCAGUCCGGUCCAAUAUUACUGAGCAGACAAUGCGCAACCAAUCAGUACCUUAGGAAAAGAGAUGAUCCACAUCGCUACUGUCAGGGACCAUGUGCAGACAUCACCAAGUGUGGCCCAGUUGUCGUCCCUGAACAACAUUUGCAGCAAUGCAGGGUUUGCAGUGAGUCCGGCAAGUCCUGUGGCCCUGUUGGUCCUCCCGAUGGUGAGGGGGUGGCGAGGGCAGAUUUUGUGUUGUAUGUGAGUGCCACGACCACAGAGCGUUGUGGACAAGAGAACAUCGUAGCCUAUGCAGCGUACUGCCAGCUGGAGUCUGAACUGGACAGACCCAUCUCUGGAUAUGCCAAUCUGUGUCCCAAUAUGAUCUCCACUCAACAUCAGGAGUUUGAAGGGAUGCUGUCCACAGUCAAACACGAGAUCAUACAUGCCCUGGGUUUUUCUGCAGGACUCUUUGCGUUUUACCAUGAUGAUGAUGGAAAACCUUUGACGCCACGUUCUGCAAGUGGUCUACCUGCAUACAAUGAAAGUUUAGGGUUAUAUCAAUGGAGUGAUAAAGUUAUUAAAAGUGCAACUCGGCUGUGGGACAUCCGUGGUGGCCACAUGGUUAGACACACGGUCCAUCUUCUGGCCACCCCACGUGUAGUUGAGGAAGCCAGGAGACAUUUUAAUUGCCCCAUUCUAGAGGGCAUGGAAUUGGAGAACCAGGGAGGUGCAGGCACAGAGUUCAACCACUGGGAAAAACGCCUGUUAGAGAAUGAGGCAAUGACCGGAUCUCACACACAGAACAGAGUGUUUUCUAGAAUAACUUUGGCCAUAAUGGAGGAUACAGGGUGGUACAGAGCUAAUUAUAGUAUGGCGGAGAACCUGGAGUGGGGAAGAUUUUUGGGUUGCGACUUUGUGAUGAAAAGCUGUAAAUUCUGGAUAGAUCAACAUCGCCAUAAGAGGCCAACCCUGAGUCCGUACUGUGAUUCUGUGAGGAGUGCACCUCUGCAGCUCACCUGCAGGCAGGACCAGCUGGCCGUGGCCGUGUGCAACCUGCAGAAGUUUCCUCAUGCACUUCCUGUAGAGUAUCAGUACUUUGACCAUAUUCCUGGUGUGCCUGAGGAAGAUUUGGCCGCAUACGGAGGGGCUGUUGAGAUCGCAGACUACUGUCCUUUUAGCCAGGAGUUUAGCUGGCAUGUGGGUGGAGAAUACCAGCGCAGCUCUUACUGUGGAACACAGGAGAACCAGCCAGCCACGUGGAGAAACUAUGGGGCGGAACAUUACGGCCCAGGAUCGGUGUGUCUCUACCAAAAGUCACCAUUUGUAAUGGAGCAGUGCACCAAAAGAAUGACCUACCCAGACUGGGGCAGUGGUUGCUAUAAGGUGUCUUGCACAGCCCAAGGGUUGUUGGUCUGGGUGCAGAAUGAGUCCUAUCCAUGUGUUCGUACUGGUCAGGUGAUCAGUGUGAGCAUACGAAUGAAUGGAUGGGUCUACAGCGGCCAACUCAUCUGCCCAACCUGCUCUGACUUCUGCAGCGACUGCCCCCUCCCUCAUGAGAUCCCCCCUCUAAACACCACCAAGAGUGCCCGCUUAGAUCCUUGUUCCAGAUCUUCGUGUUUGGUGGUGAACUUAUGGCAGCUCCUGUUAAGUCUCACUCCACUGCUGAUCGGCUUCCUCCUCUGUGGCAGAGACUGAAUUUGUUCCCAGUUGAUUGGGUGAAUAUGGAUGUCUUGAUAUGCUACAGGCUUCCCUUGAAGUUUAGCUGCUGUGGAGAGCAAACCAGCGAUCGCUUCUGUAGUGUACAGUGAUAACUCUUCUCUCUAUGUGGGGGUGUGGACUGAAGAUGGGAUUGAAAAGCCAUUGAUUGCACUCCUCCUUGCUUGGCUGUCAGGUGCCAGCGAGCUGUAGAUCCUAUGUGAAGCCAUAGUCAUGCAAGUUAUGGUUAUGCAGGUGCUAAUUAAUGUCCUCUUUGUCUCUCUGAUGGGCCUGUAGCAUUCUGGGUUUUGAAAUGGGCAUCUGGUUGAGAAUGAUGAGAGAUAUUCUCUCUGGUGUUCUGCUCAUGGUGCUUCUAUGUUGUUUCGUGAAAUUAACUUGCUGGCAAUGUUUUGAUCAGCGUAUAUCAGGUCAUGUGACUGACUAUGCUUGUGAUUUUGUACGGAGAAUUGCAGGAGAGAUCUCUGUUAAGGUCCGAGCAAGUGCUGGAUUUUAAUAUUUUUUUAUGUUUUUUUUUGUUCAAGAUAAAUACUUCAGAAAGGGUUUAAUCAUUGAAUUUAUUGAUAUACAGCUGGGUCCAAAAGUCUGUGAUUACACUGAAAAUCUGGGAUUUUGAGAGAUUUAAAAAAAAGGAAAAAUAUGAUGCAAAUGAAGACAAAAUUUUCUAGGUCUCUAAUCCAAAGUUGACAUUGAUCAUGUGUCUCAUAUUCAAUGAAGUUGCUCUUUGCGUCAUUCUCAAAUCAUGCUGGAGAACGCAAGUUUACACAUUGGUUUUUAUUUUAGUAUUUUGUUUUCAUUUUAAUUUGAAAGUUUGUCAUUUUGCCAUGAUUGU